AUGGCGACAUCACCUUCCCACAGCAUCAGAGUUUCAUCCGCCCCCAGGAUCGCUUCUUACUCAUUACAAGACCAAGAUCAUCCCGAGAUAGAGCUGGCUCAGGCCGAACAUCGAAUCCGGCUCGGCAACACAACGGCCGUACUCGCCGAAGCAAUUGGCCCGUCCGGCCACAUCGAUGCCGUCGAUCCCGGCGCCCCAGACUACGGUUCACCAUUCACCCUUGCGCAGGCGCAAGCAUACAUGUCAUCUAGUUCCGACGUCGCCGUGCUGUCGCACUGCAUAUGGUACUUCGCUUCAGAGCAGGUACUGGAACAGAUCCUCAAAUCCCUGAAAGGACGAGUAAAAAGAGUAUGCAUCGCCGAGUAUGCGCUCUACGCAACCGAAAAGGCGGCAAUACCACAUGCACUGGCCGUCUUGGCUCGGGGGAGCCUCGAAAGCUGUAAGGCUGAGAGCAGCGAGAACGUGCGCUCCCCGCUCAGCCCACGGGCAAUUACGGACAUCGCCAAGCGAUCUGGCUGGGCACCGGCCCAAGAGGACUCGGUGGUUCCCGCUGUCGGAUUGCUCGAUGGCAGCUGGGAGGUUGGCACUGUUGUAAGCCCCAGGUUUCUCCGCGACCUAGAGGUCACUGUGCCGAACGCGAGAAUGAGGCUCAUGAUUGCGUCGGCCCGGGAUGCAGCCAUGGCAGCUGUGGAUGCUUUGGACGGUGCUCAAGUACAAACGAUGGAUGUUUGGGCUGCUGUAUUCUCUCAGUCAACUUGA